CGGAAGUCGUCAUUUGACAAGUUUUAUAAAUGAGUAUUUGAAGCUCAGGAAUAAGUGAAGCUGAAAUUUGAAAAAAUAAAAGAAAGAAUGCAUGCUAAUUAUCAGACCAGAAGUCCCACUUGUAGAAUAUUGAGCAAUUUGUGUGAAGUGGGGAAGAUGAAAGAAGUCAGAAUUUGAAACGGAAGAAUGAAGAAAAGAAAUAAAAAUGAAGUUAAGAUAAGAAGUAAUCUGGAAUCAGAAAGCACUACGCUAAGAAUCCCGUUCUGCUUCCAGAAGUGGAAGUGCUCAUGGAUCUGGGAAAUCUGCAAGGCAUACCCCAGCAAGGUCUCGCUCCAAGGAAGAUUCCAGGCGUUCCAGAUCAAAGUCCAGGUCCAGAUCUGAAUCUAGGUCUAGAUCCAGAAGAAGUUCUCGAAGGCAUUACACAAGAUCAAGAUCUCGGUCUCGCUCCCAUAGACGAUCCCGUAGCAGGUCUUACAGUCGAGAUUAUCGAAGACGGCAUAGCCACAGUCACUCUCCCAUGUCCACUCGCAGGCGUCAUGUUGGGAAUCGGGCAAAUCCUGAUCCCAACUGCUGUCUUGGAGUAUUUGGAUUGAGCUUAUACACUACAGAAAGAGAUCUAAGAGAAGUAUUCUCUAAAUAUGGCCCCAUUGCUGAUGUGUCCAUUGUAUAUGACCAGCAGUCUAGACGUUCAAGAGGAUUUGCCUUUGUAUAUUUUGAAAAUGUAGAUGAUGCCAAGGAAGCAAAAGAGCGUGCCAAUGGAAUGGAACUUGAUGGACGUAGGAUCAGAGUUGAUUUCUCUAUAACAAAAAGACCACAUACCCCGACACCAGGGAUUUACAUGGGGAGACCCACCUAUGGCAGCUCACGCCGUCGGGAUUACUAUGACAGAGGAUAUGAUCGAGGCUAUGAUGAUCGAGACUACUACAGCAGAUCGUACAGAGGAGGAGGUGGAGGAGGAGGAGGAUGGAGAGCUGCUCAAGACAGGGAUCAGAUUUACAGAAGGCGGUCACCUUCUCCUUACUAUAGUCGUGGAGGAUACAGAUCACGUUCUAGAUCUCGAUCAUACUCACCUCGUCGCUAUUAAAGCAUGAAGUUGAAGACUUUCUGAAGCCUACCCUAGAGUUGGGAUAUUGUUUGUGGACAAUAUUUUUUAUUGUCUCCUGUUUAAAAAGUGAACAGUGCCUAGUGAAGUUAGGUGACUUUUACACCUUUUAUGAUGACUACUUUUGGUGGAGUUGAAAUGCUGUUUUCAUUCUGCAUUUGUGUAGUUCGGUGCUUUGUUCAAAGUUAAGUGUUUUCAGAAAAGUAUGUUUUGCAUGUAUUUUUUUACAGUCUAAAUUUUGACUGCUGAGAAGUUUCUAUUGUACAAAACUUCAUUUAAAAGGUUUUUCUACUGAAUCCAGGGUAUUCUGAAGAUCGAAGCCUGUGUGUAAAAUGCUACCAAAUGGUAAAAAGCAACAAUAAAGUUUGGUUUUUACUUUUCUUUCUAACAUCAAUGCUUAGCAAAACUGUUCAGAUUAGGUUGUCAGUAGUAAAUUUCAAAACUAAAAUACCCAUUUUCCUCCAAUCCGUGAGACAUACUCUACUUAAUAUACCUGCAACUAAGUGUUAAAAAUUAUGCUCUGUAACCCUGUACUGCUAGUAUUAGAACUAAAGAACUUUCAAUACAGCCAAUGCUUAAUGCUUAUAUAAAUGUGGAUUUGUCAGCCUUUAUGUAAUCUGUAUCAUAUAAAGCAGGGAAUAAGAAAAGAGGUACACAAUGUAUGCCUUUAAAAGGCUAUUUCUUAAAGCUGUUACAAGGGGAUAAUGGUAUUUCAACUAGUUAUCAGCAAGUGACAAUACAUUCCACCACAAAUGUACUCUUGUUCUUCUAGCUUUUUAGACUAUGGGGAAAAAAUGAGUGCUUCAGAGUUCGGGAAAAGAGAAGGGAGCACUACACCUGUAUUGUGGAUGAACUGAAGACUUGCCUGUUCAUUUUUUAAAUAUUAUUUUCAGGUCCUUUGCUUACCAAAGGAAGCCCAAUUUCACUCAAAUGUUUUGAGAACUGUGUUUAAAUAAAUGCAAAUGAAAAGAGUAAAAGGCUGGUACAACUCA